AUGACAACAAUGAAAAAUGAUAGGGAAUUGGUCAUACUAGUAAGUGAUGGAGGUACACCAGCAGAAAGUCUCAGCAUCACCGUCAAUAUAUUUGUUUUGAAUGAAAACGACAACGACCCCGGAUAUUUUGGCGGUCCUUACACUGUGACAGUGGAUGAAGACAUUGCCAGGGGAGCUCUGGUGGCCCAGGCUAAUCCGUUUGACUUCGACUUGUUGGAAUCCUUUGAUUUUCAGUCAACUUAUUGUUCAAUACUUGGUAAGAAGCCCAUGUCAGGUAACAAGCUCAUGUCAGGUGACAAGCUCAUGUCAGGUGACAAGCCCAUGUCAGGUGAUAAGCCCAUGUCAGGUAACGAUCCCAUGUCAGCUGGAACAGAUUCGAGCAAGUUCUCUAUUGACAUCACAGCAGGAACUAUAACUCUAUUUGAACCCUUGGACUUUGAGACAGUCACACAGCAUGUCAUUGGAAUUGAAAUUUACGACUUGGGUAUUGCACCAGCAAGGACAGCCACUACUUCAGUCACUAUCGAUGUCAACAACGUCAACGACAAUACUCCCGUGUGCACUAAGGUGCUGUUUACCGUAACAAUAAUAGAGACAACAACAGCAGGGACAACGCUUCAAAACCUCGGCUGUACAGACCUGGAGGACACAAACCUAGUAUACGGGAUCGCCACAGGUGAUACCACAAAGUUUGAGGUAUUGAACAAUGGCGAUGUGAAUUUGAAGACCACCAUUGAUGUUGAUACUGAGGCAACAAGUUGGACGUUGGUUCUCACCUGUAGGGAUCGAGAUGCGGUCUUAAAGAGGACUGCUACCGCCACUGUCCAGGUGUUCGUCACAGGGACUGAUGACAACAUACCUGUAUGGGCCACACCUGAAUCAGGAACAUACACAGCAUCUGCAGAUGAAAACGUCGCUACGGGAACUGCAGUGACAACCAUUUCUGCUACGGAUGCUGACCAGACUGGUACCGCAGAUUCUACAAUAACUUACAGUAUAGAGACUGUGACUACUGACUUUGGUAUAGAUCCGAGCUCAGGGGCAGUAUCCGUCAUUCGGGCCCUUGACCGUGAGACUACAGAGACUUACACGUUGACUAUAUCAGCUUACUCCUCCACACAGACCGGUAGUAAGAUCACAGGCACACUAACCAUCACAGUCAAUGACCUAAACGACAACAGCCCUGUAUUUACACAGGCUAUCUUCACCCCUGCCACGUCUAUAGCAGAAAACACAGCACUUAAUUCUGCCAUCUUGACGGUAGCUGCUACAGAUGCUGACAAACUGACCAACGGUCAAGUCAGUUACUCUAUCAACAGUGGAAACACGGCGACUGGAUGUGUAAUGGCUAUUGACUCUAACUCUGGCGUUAUCACCAACACCGCUAAUCUCGACUACGAGAGUGCCACUUCAUGUACCCUGAUCAUCCAUGCCACAGACAGCGGUGCUACACCACUGGUAUCCACAGCAACUGCAAUCAUCACUAUUUCACCUGUUAAUGAGGCAACACCUGAUUUCGGAGGAGAUUUUACAACAUCAAUUUCUGAAACUCUCACUAUUGGUACAUUUGUCACUGCAGCGGUUGCUACAGAUGCUGACACUGGUAAUGAUGGCAUUAUUCAAUAUUCCCUCAACACGUUUGGAACAGUUUUUAACAUAGAUGCCAAUAAUGGGAACAUCUACCUUGCAGCUGAUGUUGACAGGGAGACAACUCCAUCCUAUAUUGUGGUAGUCCAUGGAAUAGACCAAUCAACCGCUACCAAAAAUACAGGAAGUGUUUCCAUCACCAUCAACAUUGAUGAUGUUAAUGAUAAUACACCAUCUUGUACUACUACAGUGUUUAAAGAACUGACAUCUGUUGCUGUCAAUGACAUUGUGCACACGCUGGCCUGUACUGAUGCAGACACUGGAGUUAACGCAGCCUUGGUCUAUUCUAUUGCCAGUGGUAACACUAAUGCCGAUUUUGCCAUCAGUACAGCAGGUGUAGUGACUGUGGCAAACCUACCAAGUCGGACAGAUUAUCAAUUGCAGAUACUUGUUUCGGAUAGUGGCGCUACAGCCUUAUCAACUACUGUGUACAUUAUUAUCAAAGUCUAUGUUGUCCCGACCUUCACAGUCUUACCGACGACAGAAAAUGUUAUUGAAUCUACUGCUAUUGGAACGCAAAUACACACAAUGUUGGUUACCGUGGCAUCUGGUUUAAAAUCCUUCCAAAUCACAAGUGGAAAUGCAGAUGGUAAAUUCAGUUUAAAUGCGGUUUCUGGUAAGCUCUUCUUGAACGGUAACUUGGACAGGGAGACAACUGCAAGUUACAGUUUGGUGAUCCGAGUGACGGAUACAGUUAGUACACUAACCGCUGAUGCUACUUUGACCAUUACAGUAACAGAUUUCAACGACAUCACGCCUAGCUUUGCCAAUUCUUUCUACACUACGGCAGUCGUUGAGAGCGUGGGUGUAGGAACGCCUGUACAAAACCUUGCUGCGACAGAUACAGACUUAGGAGUUAAUGCAGACUUGACGUAUGCGAUUGUAAGUGGCAACGCAGACGGGAACUUUGGCAUCAGUACUGCGGGACUAUUGUCUACAGCAGGUACCUUGAAUGCCGAGACCACACAGUCGUAUACUCUAGUAGUCACGGCCACUGACAACGGUGCUGUUAAAAUAACUGGUACAACAACAGUGUAUGUAUCCAUUAGCAAUGUUGAUGAAUUCCCAAUAGAUUUUGGUGUGGUAGGGAAUAUCUAUACUUCAACUCUCUCCGAAGACACAGCCACAGGCACCACAUUCUUUACCGUGACUGCACAAGACCAAGAUGUGGACACCGUUAUGUCAUACUCUAUUACAGGUGGCAAUGCUGAGGGAAAUUUUGAGAUAGACUCUACAACAGGUGAAGUGAUCUUGUCAAAGUUUUUGGACAGAGAGACAACUGCCAGUUAUUCUCUAACAGUCACAGCUGACAACGGAGCAGGGACGACCUUAGACGCCACCCUUGACAUUACAGUUUCCGAUGUCAAUGACAAUGACCCAGAUUUUAGUCCUACAUCUGUAUACGCAUUUAAUGUAGAUGAGAAUCAAGCAGCGGGUAUCACAGUCGGAACAGUGACAUCAGCUGAUAUCGACAGUGGACUUAAUGCUAAUAGAAUUCUGUCAAUUACAGGUGGAAACACAGCCACUGCUUUUCAGCUAAUUGGUUCCGACAUAAAGCUUAUAGGGGCCCUGGACUUCGAAACAACACCAAGUUAUAUCCUUCUUAUUGAAGCUCUUGAUCAGGGAAUACCUGCCAGGUCAUCAACCGCAAUUGUGAACAUUGCUGUCAACCCUAUUUAUGCACAACCGCAGAGUGCAUUGACAAUUGAUAGUGUGAGCAUAGCAGAGAAUAUUGCGCUUAACACACUUAUCUAUGAUAUGGAUGCAACAGUACAGGGAGCAGUAGAGGGCACCACUGGAGAUCUCAAGUAUGUCAUACAAUCAGGAAAUGCUGAGGGCAAGUUUUUCGUUUCACUAGACACAGGGGAGUUAACUGUGGUUGGUGCACUUGACAGGGAGACAACUGCAAGCUACAUUAUUGUUAUUCGAGGAGAGAACAGAAACGAUGCAACAAAGAGAGAUACUAUAUCUCUGACAAUUACAGUGACUGAUAUUAACGACAAUGAUCCCAUAUUUGGCUCUGCACCAUACACAUGGUCUAUAGAUGAAGGUCUUGCUGUGAAUUCUUCACCGGGCACAGUCACUGCUGCGGACACUGAUUCAGGUGCUAAUUCAGCAAUCAGUUUUGCUAUCAUUUCAGGGGAAGGUAAUUCUGAUUUUACAAUUGAUAGCACAACUGGGGUUGUUUCCACCACUGUGAUACUGAAUGCGGCAACACAGUCAAGUUACCUACUGACUGUCACUGCAGUUGACGGUGGAACACUCCCACGCACAGGAUCUAGCACUGUCGUUAUCACAGUUAAUGAUAUCAAUGACCAGACACCUACCUUUAGUCAAACUACAUACAACUUUGAUAUCAGCGAAAGUGUCAGUGUUUCUGAAACUGUCUACACUUUUUAUGCUGCAGAUAGUGACACAGGUGCUAAUGGUAGGGUGAACUAUAAUAUUAUAUCUGGAAAUGCUGCGUUAAAGUUUUCUCUCGGAUCAACAGAUGGUCAGCUGGUGAUGGCUAAUACGUUGGAUAGAGAAUCGCUGACUUCGUACGUCCUGGUUGUGGUGGCAACAGACAGUGGUACAACUCCAAAUACAGGGACAACAACCCUCUCUGUGACAGUGCUAGAUGACAAUGAUAACACACCAGUUUUUGCCACUAAUCCUUAUACCGCUACUGUAUUGCGAACAGCUUCCACAUCCAGUACAGUGGAAACUGUUGUCGCUACUGAUGCUGAUGCAGGGACCAAUAGCGAUCUUAGGUACUCCAUAGUGAGUGGAAAUCCCGAUAACCUAUUCCAUGUGGAUUCCACAUCCGGCGUGGUAGUCACAUUAGGACUGCUUACUGCUGCCGCUGAUAGCCAUGCCCUAGUGAUCCAGGCCGAGGAUCAAGGUGUGAUAUACCGCUCGGCCACCACCACCCUCAGUAUCACGGUUGACCCAGUCAAUACCCCUCCUUUGAGUGACCUGACCUUCACUGUGUCUGAAAGUGUUGCCACAAAUUCUCUUAUUGGCACAGUUACAACUAACCCUGUUCAUGCUGCAGGUGCUACCGUAGAUUUCUUAAUUGUCAGUGGAAACCAGGCUGGUAAGUUUCAAAUAGGUGGCACAGAUGGACAAAUUACGAACGCUAAUAGUCUGGAUUAUGAAACGACAACAGAUUUCUAUCUUCUGGUUAAUUUGAAAGACAGAGGAAAUCCAACACUUGACUAUGACAAAAACAUUCAUAUAAUCGUGACAGACUAUAAUGAUUUGACUCCAGUACUUAACCCCACCUCUUACACCCAAUCGUUGGUGGAAAAUUCUCCUGUAGGAGUUACCGUCCUCCAAGUCACAGCGACAGAUGGAGAUUCUGGAACAAAUGCACAAAUGUCAUUUGAGCUCUUUUCAGCAGUUCCCUUAGCAACCACUUAUUUACAGAUCGAUAACAAUGGUGUCAUCACGGUCAAACAGGAAGUAGAUUAUGAAACUGUGACUGUGAUAGUUUUCCAAGUAUUGGUUAAAGAUGGCGGAACCCCUACUAACACUGCUACUGCAGCAGUAACAGUAAAUAUUGUUGACGUUUUGGACACUGCAACAGUAACUGGGUCAGCCUCACAUUUUUUCUCUCUGGAGUGUGCGACCGAGGCUUUAAACUCUGAGGUGCUUAAAACUUUUACUGGAACAGAUUUUGGUCUGACAGUUGGAGCUACAGAUACUUUAAGUUUCCUCACCCUAAGCAGUGGUGGUGUGUUUAGUGUUGGGUCCAGUUCUGGUGACUUUGCAAUACAGGAUCAGACCUACUUGUUUCAAGAUUCUCGAUACUUCAUGGAUGUCGUCGCCAAAGUGACCACCACGGCCAAUGUGGUCACAGCAUCUUCUGGUCUGAUACGUGUUGAUUCCUAUGUUGCCAGUAAUUGUGUAGUGGUUUUGACUCACAGUGUUGAUGUGACCACUGUCGCUGGUCAAACCAAUGCCUUGCGUGCAUCCCUUCAGACACUAUUUCCUGGUAAACGUGUGGAGAUCUGGAAACAUCAAGGCACAUCCACCAGUGCAAGGCGUCGCCUUUUGGCCACAGGAUCGGAGAGUUUGAUUUACGUGGUAUCGGAUACUUCAGCUGACACAUUGGACGGCCUUCAGUCGACAAAAUCUUUCCAGACACAGGAAGAAAUAUUAGCAGUCUUACAGCAGGCAGAUGGUUCCCCCGUUACUGCUCUAUCAAGCGCGACUUUUGCCACCUUCCCUGUGACAGGCGUGAGCAGUUACACCUCCAGUAGUUCAACCACAACUAAUUGGGCCCAGACGACAGUUGGCAUUGCCGUCCUGUCAACCAUCGGCUGCAGUAUUGUUCUCUUGGCUGCCAUUUUAGCUGCAUAUUUCUUCUGUACUCGAUCACGCAGAUACAGAUUCAAUGAAGAAGACAAAGAACAAGAUAAGAGUUUCACCAACACACAACCAGUGAAUAAAAGUGACCGUCACCCUUUGGUACCCCAGUACAAUGAGACAGACAAUGUGUUUGGGAAACGACCAAUAACAGGCAAGACAGUGGAAGUGGAAUCGCCCCCACCACAGUCCCAUAAGCUGAAUGGUGUGUCAAAUAGUUACCAUCCGUCCAAUCAGAAGCCAGUGAAAAAGUCCAAACAGGACGUCAGCGUAUCUAUGAUGAAUGGGAAGUCAUAUGAUGAUGUCACACCUGAACAUUGUGCACCUACCACCUCCCCUGCACUCAGUGACCUUGUCCUCACCUCAUUAGAUGAACUAGAUAAAGACAUUGUUCUCACAAAACCUCGAAUGCACACCCCUGCCACCAUGGAUACUGACAUUGCAUUGUGUGACCCUUCCUCCCCCGAACAACCCUGGACUGUUAGCUCGACAGUCAGUCUUAAUACUAAUUACCAUGACAACAUUGACAGUAGUUCUCUUAGUGGCAGUAGCAACCAUGAUUUUAGUCACCAUGGUCACAAAAAUGAAAGAAACCAUUUUUACUAUGGAAAUGAAAAUAGACUAAGUAGAUAUUUUUGUACAAAGGAUCAAGGAUCUGGGAGUAAGAAUGAUGGGAAGUCAACAGAUAUAAAGAGAACUACAAUUCAUAAAACUGAACAUGAAUUUGUGAAUGAAUCAAAACCAAGGGCAAGAACAGCAUCAGACCAUUGGGAUGUUUUACUGAGGAAGGCAGGAUUUGGUCUUCAGAGUCUCAGAAAAUCAGCACAGAUACGACGACCUCUGCCAAAGCCCAUUUUCAAAGACAGCAAAAUUGGGUCAACAAGAGAGUAUGAUAUGAAAGAUACUGAUAAAAACCUUGAUAUUAUAGUGCCGAGACCUGGGUGUAAUGGUAUGGAUAAUCAAAACCCCAUGUUUAAAGGUAGGACUAUAGGUUUAGUCAAACCUACAUAUAGAGCACCCAAUGGUUUGAAACCCUCCCUGGAUGCUGUCAGCAAGGCCAACAAUGCUGCCUGGGCAAGAGUUGUUGGAAGGAAGCCAACAAAGCAGUCGACACAGCAAGUGAAACAACCUGGACUAGAAAAGAUGGCUGAUUUAGACAGUGUCAGUGACAAAUAGGGAUAAAUGUCACUUUUUCAAGAAUUUGUUCCUGGUCCACUGUUCACCAAUGGAGGCAAGAAAGCACCCUACAAGGAGCAGUCUGACCUGAGAUCCGAGGCAGGAUCACGCAGUGAUGGAACAGUGACACCUAGAAAUAUUCUCAUCCAGUCCCCAGCUUCUAGCCAGAAUAGCCAUCUCUAAUACUCUAAAGCAAAUAUGUACUGAAUAAGCCCAGUGUACCAACACAUUAUCAGUAACUCAAAGACAAAGGAUGGGCUUAUCACAGGACAAUGAUUUCUUAAUUCUUCUAAGUAGUAGUAUAUAAGAGUGGGCUUAUUGCAAGACAUGGACUCAUUAAGGAUUAAAACAAUAAUGUUGAAGUAACUGGUUUAUUAAAGCACACCAGAUUUACUUUUGAGAAUUUUUUCAGAUUUUUCUAUUGCUAACAUUUGUUUUCAUCUCUUAAACAAGUUAACUUCUAUCUCUGUGUAUGUUGUAGGGAAAAUCUUCACCAGCUUUUACAGUAGUCCGAAACGUUAUUUCUGUACAUCAUCAAAUUCCAUGAAAUUUAGCCAACACUGGAUAGCAAAAUAACAAUAUGAAAUCAAUAAAAAAGAAUGGGGAAAAAUAGAGAAAAUGAAAAUCUGAGGAUGAUACAGCCUGCAUCAUAGAAAUCUAUCUACUGUGUUUAUUGUAUAUAUAUGUAUUUUUAUUGAUUUUCAGACACACAGUCAUAUAUAUUUCUGAGGUUAAAUUUUUCUUGGUUUUCAAUAAAGAAAAUUAUA